ACCAAAUGAAAAGUUACUCGCUUCACCCACCGCCACGGCGCGGACUGCAAGUUGACUUUUUUGACCCAGCGACAAAAAAGAACAAAACGGAAAAACAAUUUCACGUAUAUUUUUUGGCAGACUUUUUCUUCGGUUUUUCUCUGACUAUCCGAUACGGAUUUUGGGGUGGAGUAUAGCACAUUACCGUACUGGACAGGGUCUCAUUCGCAAAAGCAAAUGGUACUUACCUAAUUUUCAGUUCCCUUGUCCCAUGUGCUCGACAAAAUUCCCCAACCAAACAAUCUCACUCCGAGCUCCACCUUUCCACUCCUAACACCAACUUUGUUGUUUUCCUUUUCCUUAAUUUCUUCCCCCAGUUUGACUGAAGGCGGGAAACCUUCCUUUUUGGCUUUGCAAAAUCGUUUCUUGAUGGUGCUGGAUUUCGGUGAAUAUUGAAGGUUGUGAUGGAUCUUAAGUCUGUGGCUUUGUUGGGGAAUAGUAUUCCUAAAGUGGGUUGGGGUUAUUUGGAUUCUAGGCCAUCUGGGGUUGCUUUUAAUCUUCUUGGGGGUUCACAAAAAGUGAGCAAAAAGUGGAUGUCGUUUGGUGCACUUUCGGGUUCAUCGGCUUGUGGGGGAAUAAGGUCAUUGGAGGAUGAGGAAUUGCAGCGGCUUGCUGAUCAGAGACAGCAAAAUGUUUCUAAGAGAUCGCAGAAGGAUUUGAGCUUAUUUCCGAGACCAUUAACUGGGUCUGAUUUUGCUGUCACACCUGAUGAUGGAUCAAAGACGCGAAUAUCGUUCAAGGGAGUAUUGGGUUCAUACAGUGAGGAUGCUGCACUCAAAGCCUACCCUAAAUGUGAAACUGUUCCUUGUAAUGAGUUUGAAGAUGCAUUUAAGGCAGUUGAAUUAUGGCUUGCUGAAAAGGCUGUUCUUCCAAUUGAGAAUUCUUCAGGUGGAAGCAUCCAUCGAAAUUAUGAUUUGCUUCUUCGUCAUAGGCUUCACAUCGUUGGUGAGGUUCAGUUGGCCAUUAAUCUCUGCCUUUUAGCUCUCCCAGGCACUAGAAAAGAACAUUUGAAACGUGUUCUAAGUCAUCCACAGGCACUUGAAUUAAGUGAUAAUUUCCUAAGUAAGUUAGGUGUUGUCCAAGAAAAUGUCGAUGAUUCAGCUGGUGCCGCUCAGUAUGUAGCUUCAAAAGGCCUAAGGGAUGCUGGAGUUGUUGCAAGUGCUCGAGCUGCAGAAAUUUAUGGGCUUAACAUCCUUGCUGAAAGAAUCCAGGAUGAGUCUGAUAUCAUUUCUCGUUAUCUGGUACUUGCUAGGGAUCCAAUUAUUCCAAGAACUGAUAAGCCAUUUAGAACAAGCAUUGUUUUUACCCUAGAAGAAGGCCCUGGAAUACUGUUUAAAGCAUUGGCCGUGUUUGCACUGAGGGACAUAAAUUUGACAAAGAUUGAAAGUCGGCCACAGAGAAAUCGGCCAUUAAGAGUAGUUGAUGACUCCAACACUGGGAGUGCUAAGUACUUUGACUACCUUUUCUAUAUUGAUUUUGAGGCGUCUAUGGCAGAACCACGUGCACAAAAUGCUUUAGGGCAUUUGCAGGAAUUUGCGACUUUUCUUCGGGUUCUUGGUUGCUAUCCUAUGGACACAACACUAUAGCCGCCUGUCUCCCUUCUGUCACUUCAUUUGUCUUUAUCCUGUUCAAGCCAGCAACAGGAGAGUUUUUUUUUUUUUUUUUUUUUUUUAAAUUUUUGAAUAGGAAUGGCCAAAAGCUUGCCUAAAAAUUUUCAAAUUCUUGAAGGUAUAUACGGAAUGGUCGAUUAUCUGUUUGAUUCCAUGGGGAUGAAGGCAGGACUUAAAUGACCUGCGAGCUAUUGACUAAUAUGUUGCUGUCCAUUUAUAUAUAUAUUUUUUAAUUUC